UCCAUGCUUUAUAAUGGCUGGGAAUACGUUUUGAGAAUUAGAAGCCUAAGAAAAGUGUCCAUCCAUCAUAAAAAUUUCUCCACGAGGCUCUUAGAUGGCUCUAAUCUAAUUGAUGCAUUUGUGUAGGAACAAUAUGCAUUUUUAAAACUUUAUAAACCGUAAUCUCUAUCUUCCAUUAACUGUCAUAUGCACCUACACAAGAGUGGCAUUCCAGCAGAUGAAGCAGGCUUAGCCUAAACUCCAGUGAGAAUAUUCUCAUUUAAAAACUUAACACCUAAUGUUAAAAUGUAUGUUUUUUAAUGUAUCACUCUCCCUUUAAACACCUUUUCGUUUUCCAUAUUAUUCAACUGGUCGAGGCUGAUAUGGGAUUUGAAAUUAUUGUGCUGGAGUAGUUUCUUCUCCCUCCAGUAGGAGUCGUUGUAUUUGUUAAGAGUGUUAUGUUUAACCUUUACUAGCAUGAGAGUUAGAAAUGCAGCACAUGUUGAAGUAUGCUGACAGCAGAAUCCACUUCUGAUGUGAUCUACAUUCAUCCUUCUUGUUGUCUUACAGAAAGCAUUGCUUUUUCACUCUGUCGGUAAUUGAAGGAUACGUCAAUAAAAGGACAUCACACCUGUCAAUUGUCGAGGAGUUUAUCUAUCUGCAUAGCUGUGUCUGAAUCAAACAGUGAGGGCAGAAUAGUGAAAAAGCACCUAUCUACACAACAAGUGGAUGUUCCAUCAGCUUAAGCAUAUUAAACAAUGUCUGAAGAAGGGAGAAAAAGCGCAGCAAAAAAGCGUUUUCCAAGAAUCUCGAACAAAGACCCAUACCUCUUGAGAGAACUUCAGGAUCUUCUCCUAAAGUUAGAGGCUGCAAAGGACGAAGGCUAUAUCCCAGGCCUACUGUACCUUGACACCGCAAGGGGCAUUCAUCCUGUUGUGGAGAAGUUACCCUUUGGUUUGCAAGAAAAGUGGAUGACGUAUGGGUCUAAAUACAAGGAGGAGCAUUCUGUAUCGUUUCCACCAUUCUCAGCAUUUGUCGCCUUCAUUAGCAGGGAAUCAAAAAUGCGCAAUGACCCAAGCUUUAAGCAAUCAGUGCAACCCAGUCUUGUACCCACUAAAAUGAGGUUUCAGGACAAGCAGAGUAAGAGAGAAGCAAUCUCAGUCAUCCAGACCAAAGUGGUCAGUACCGAGCCAAAUCCAACUGCAAGAACAAACAUCCACGACCCAAAUAAAGAAUACCCAAUCCACAAGAAACCCCACGCGCUUAAAAAAUGCAGAGCUUUCAGAGAAAUGCCUUUGGAGGAGCGUAAGGCCUAUUUGAAGAGGAAUCUGAUAUGUUUCCGAUGUUGCGCAUCCACUAAUAAUCAGGCAAAAAUAUGUAAAGCCGAGACCCUUUGUGCAGAAUGUAACUCCAACUCACAUUACUGCUCUUCAUCCUGGUCCUGCGCCUUGGGCAAACACCACAGAGCCUGCUUCCGACAAUGGCGGGGAGUGCAAUAUAGUUUUACCUACGGCCACGUCUACAUGUAUGCAAGUCUGUGGGAGUGAAGUUGAAAGUCACUCAUGUAGCAAGAUCAGUCCUGUAUUCAUUUAUCCACAGGGGUCCCCUGAGAAGAAACUCAAAACCUACACUAUUUUUGAUGACCAAAGCAACAGGUCACUUGCCAGAUCUUCAAUCUUCGAUACGUUUGGCAUUACCAAAGGCUGCUUCCCGUACAAGCUGAGGACCUGUGCAGGCCUUGAGGAAGCUACUGGGAGGAAAGCAUACAACUUCAUCGUCGAAUCUGUGGAUAGCAAGUCACGCCUAAAGCUCCAAACACUUAUCGAAUGUAACAUGCUGCCGGACAAUCGCAAUGAGAUUCCUAGACCUGAAGCUGCUCGUAACCAUUCUCACCUCCAAGACAUUGCAUCCGACAUCCCAGAUGUUGAUCCUGACGCUAAGAUCCUGCUUCUCAUUGGUAGGGAUGUUAUUCAAGCACACAAGGUUCUUGACCAACGCAAUGGACCUCCAAAUGCACCCUUUGCUCAGAAGUUAGCUCUGGGAUGGGUGAUUAUUGGAAACAUUUGCUUGGGUGGAGCUCACAAACCCGUACAGGCCAGCGUUUUCAAGACAAACAUUUUGGACAAUGGCCGCCCGAGUCAUUUCCUUCCAUGCAAGAACUUCAUCCAAGUAAAGGAACGCAUCAUCCCACAAAGCCACAACAAGGUCAGUCUCCCAAAUCAUACCAAGUACACGUCCAUCGGAGAAACCAUGUUCCAACAAACAAGUUUGGAUGAGAGACCUGGUUACUCUCAAGAAGAAUCGGCCUUCCUGCAGAUAAUGAAUAAGGAAGUCUAUCAGGACAAUACAAAUAGUUGGGUUGCUCCGCUGCCCUUUCGCUCCCCUUGGCCACACCUUUCUAACAACAAGCAGCAAGCUGUCCAGCGCCUAGCUUCAGUUCUUCAUACGUCCUUACAUGAAAAGUCACUUCCAGGAAUUCAUGCAAACCCUUUUUGAUAACGGUCAUGCGGAAAUAGCGCCACCCCUUAUUGGACAAGAAGAGUGUUGGUACCUUCCCUUCUUCGGUGUUUAUCACCCCCGCAAGCCGGACCAAAUAAGGGUUGUCUUUGACUCUAGUGCACGAUUUGAAGGAGUGUCCCUCGAUGACGUCCUUCUUACCGGUCCGAAUCUCAACAACAGCCUGCUGGGAGUGCUCAUGCGGUUCCGUGAAGAGAAGGUAGCUCUAACAGCUGAUAUUAAGCAAAUGUUCCAUUGCUUUGAGGUCAGGGAGGACCAUCGGAACUUUUUGCGUUUUCUCUGGCACCAGAACAAUGACAUGGAACAACCAAUCGUGGAGUAACGAAUGACGGUACACGUCUUUGGCAACAGCCCAUCGCCUGCAAUAGCGACAUAUGGACUUAGGAGGGCAUCAGAAGAUCAAGAGAAAAGAGACAAUACAACAAAACAUCUUGUGCAACAUCAUUUUUAUGUCGAUGACGGGCUUGUCUCCCUGCCAUCAGGUACCGAGGCCAUCUCUGUCAUUCAAAAGGCUCAAGAAACCUUGGCCUCAUCUAACUUGAGGCUGCAUAAGAUCGCCUCUAAUGACAUCACAGUAAUGAAAGCAUUCUCCAAGGAGGAUCUUGCAAAGGGUCUGAAAGAUCUCGACCUAGGAGCAGACAGUCCACCAAUGCAAAGGAGUCUUGGAAUAAGCUGGGACAUUGCAACAGAUGAGUUCACCUUCCAAGUGUCUACCGCUGAGAAGCCCUACACUCGUAGAGGGGUACUUUCCAUCAUUAACAGUUUGUAUGACCCUCUAGGUUUCGCAGUUCCGGUCAGCAUCAAAGGCAGGGCCCUUUUGAGAGAGCUUUCAAUGGAUGCAGGUGGAUGGGACGACCCAUUUCCAGAACGAAUGCAAGAAGAAUGGAGUACAUGGAAGGAAUCCCUGAAGCAUCUUGAACAAGUGCGAAUACCAAGAAUGUUCACAUCCAUAUCCUUCUGUGGUGUAGCCAAAAGGGAGCUCUGUAUAUUC